AUGGCGAUUUCCUCUCCCGCCGCUUGUUCUUCCUCCUCCAGACUCCUCUGUUCCUACUCCACUCCUUCCACCAUUUCCUCCUCCGGUAAACUCAAAACCCUAAAUCUCUCUUCCUCCUUCCUCCCUUCAUACUCAUUGGCCAGCCUCUCCACCACCACCACCGCACCUUCGCAAUCCACCCGCCGCUCCUUCACCGUCCGCGCUGCUCGUGCCAAGUUCGAGAGGAAGAAGCCGCAUGUGAACAUCGGCACGAUUGGGCACGUCGACCAUGGAAAAACCACUCUAACCGCAGCUCUCACCAUGGCGCUAGCUUCAAUCGGGUCCAGCGUCGCCAAAAAGUACGACGAGAUCGACGCCGCGCCGGAGGAGAGAGCUCGCGGAAUCACAAUCAACACCGCCACGGUGGAGUACGAGACCGAGAAUCGCCACUACGCCCACGUCGACUGCCCCGGUCACGCCGAUUACGUCAAGAACAUGAUUACCGGAGCUGCGCAGAUGGACGGAGCAAUCCUCGUCGUCUCCGGCGCCGACGGCCCUAUGCCGCAGACGAAAGAGCACAUCCUUCUCGCCAAGCAGGUCGGUGUCCCCGACAUGGUCGUCUUCCUCAACAAAGAGGACCAAGUAGACGACGCGGAGCUGCUAGAGCUCGUCGAGCUCGAGGUGCGUGAGCUUCUCUCGUCUUACGAAUUCAACGGUGACGAUAUUCCGAUUAUCUCUGGCUCCGCGCUUUUAGCUGUAGAGACGCUCACUGAGAACCCAAAUGUGAAGAGAGGUGAUAACAAAUGGGUAGAUAAAAUUUACGAGCUCAUGGAUGCUGUUGAUAGUUACAUCCCAAUCCCAACGAGACAGACCGAUUUGCCGUUCUUGUUAGCUGUUGAAGACGUCUUCUCUAUCACCGGACGUGGCACCGUAGCCACAGGGCGUGUGGAGAGAGGUACGGUUAAGGUAGGAGAGACUGUAGAUUUAGUGGGGUUGAGGGAGACUAGGAGCUACACAGUCACUGGUGUUGAGAUGUUUCAGAAGAUUCUUGAUGAGGCUUUAGCUGGAGACAAUGUAGGGUUGUUGCUUAGGGGUAUUCAAAAGGCUGAUAUUCAGAGAGGGAUGGUUUUGGCUAAGCCCGGUUCGAUUACGCCGCAUACGAAGUUCGAGGCGAUUGUGUAUGUGUUGAAGAAAGAAGAAGGUGGGAGGCAUUCUCCGUUCUUUGCAGGGUAUAGGCCUCAGUUCUACAUGAGGACGACUGAUGUUACCGGGAAAGUGACGAAGAUUAUGAACGAUAAGGAUGAGGAGUCGAAGAUGGUUAUGCCCGGUGAUAGAGUGAAGAUUGUGGUUGAGCUUAUUGUGCCGGUGGCUUGUGAACAAGGGAUGAGGUUUGCUAUCAGAGAAGGAGGCAAGACUGUUGGCGCUGGAGUUAUUCAGGCUAUCCUCGAAUGA